UUCAGACAUUAUAUAGAGAAGUAUUUUUACUAUGGAUAUGUUUGAAAAGGCAAGAAGCACUAGUAGGAAAUCACCAUAGUCAGUAUCUAUGAAAUUGAGUAUUAUUGUUUUAAUUGUUUCACUGGGAGUUUUGUAAAUUUUAUCGAUGGUCUUUUAUCUCCCCUAUCGUGAGUUUUACAAAUCCCCAUGUGAGCUCUGUUCCCAAAGUUAAGAUGCUGAAUCGAUUUUAAUGCCACUUUCUUCAUAAAUAUCACCACGGACUCGGUACAAAAUGCUCAUUGGGAAAGAAAUUCCAUGGAGGCGCUUGCAAAGCAUAUCGUUUAACGUGUAUUCGGCGGAAGAAAUCAGGAAGCUGAGUGUAAAGGCAAUCACCAAUCCUAAUUUGUUGGACAAUGUGGGCAAUCCGGCAACAAAUGGCCUAUAUGAUCUGGCAUUGGGUCCAGCUGAUUCCAAGGAAGUAUGUGGUACUUGUGCUCAGGAUUUUACUAAUUGCCCAGGCCAUGUGGGCCAUAUAGAUCUUCCACUCACGGUCUACAAUCCCUUAUUUUUUGAUAAACUUUACCUUAUGAUACGGGGCUCCUGCCUGAACUGCCAUAUGCUGACAUGUCCUCGUGCGGUAAUGCACCUGCUAUUAAAUCAACUGCAGAUAGUGGAUUGUGGAGCUGUUGAAGAUGUGUAUGAAUUGGAGAAAAUAUUGAAUGAGGUCUUGGAGAAAAAUUCGAAGGCCACAAUAGACGAAAUCCAGGAAGCACUAAACGAAUAUACCCAGAAAGUGCUGAAAAAUCGAAUAUCUUGCAAGGCUUCUCAAGUGAAAAAUGUGACUGACUGCAAGGAUAAGUUAAUAAGGGAUUUCUGGAAAAUACACAUGAAAUCAAGGAAGUGUCCAAACUGCAAAGCUGGAAAAUCGAUUGUACGAAAGGAACACAACAGCAAGCUCAUUGUGACGUACCCCUCAGCUGCACUCAAAGUCAGGUCGAGAAAAAAUACUGAUGCAAUAGUGCAAGAAAGCGGAGGUAUUGAUGAUUCACUCUUCGGAAAACGAGGGUUCCUGACACCUAUCACUGCAAAAGACCAUGUGAUGGAACUGUGGAACAAUGAUGGCUUCUUCCUGAAGUAUCUAUUUCCUGGUUUGAAAAUGCAUGGAGAUUCAAAGUCCAGCUGGAACCUAGACAUGUUUUUUCUUGAUCUUCUGGUUGUUCCUCCUUCCAGAUUUCGUCCAGUUAAUCGGCUUGGAGACCAGAUGUUCACCAACGGGCAAACUGUAAAUCUACAAGCAGUGAUGAAAGAUGUGGAAGUGAUACAUAAGCUGCUGACCUUAAUAGCACAGGAACAGGUCAAGCCUGAACCGCCUAAUCAGACGGAGGAGAUAGCAACACCGGUAGAAGACACUUCAUCCAGGAUGGACCUUUCCUUCUUAGCUGGCAUUUCUGGACAGACACUGACAGACAAACUCUACAGUGCCUGGAUAUACCUUCAGAGCCACGUUAAUAUUGUUUUUGACAGUGAUAUGGAUAAGCUGAUUACUGACAAAUUUCCAGGUAUUCGGCAGAUCCUGGAAAAGAAAGAGGGUCUCUUCCGCAAACACAUGAUGGGAAAACGUGUAGAUUAUGCUGCCCGCUCUGUCAUCUGUCCAGACAUGUACAUCAACACCAAUGAGAUUGGCGUUCCAAUGGUCUUUGCUACAAAGCUGACUUACCCUCAGCCAGUGACACCCUGGAACGUGCAGGAGCUGAGGCAAGCGGUGAUAAAUGGGCCAAAUGUACACCCUGGGGCUUCCAUGAUCAUCAAUGAAGACGGAACCCGCACCAUUCUGAAUGCAAACAACGCGAGCCAGAGAGAGGCCAUUGCCAAACAACUACUGACACCCAGUACUGGCGAGCAGAAUCUGGGGAUGAAAAUUGUGUGCCGGCACAUUAAGAAUGGCGAUGUCCUGCUGCUGAACCGCCAGCCCACCUUGCACAGGCCUUCCAUUCAGGCCCAUCGGGCACGGAUCCUGCCUGGAGAGAAGGUCCUGCGGCUUCACUACGCGAACUGCAAAGCCUACAAUGCUGACUUUGACGGUGACGAGAUGAAUGCCCACUUUCCGCAGAACGAAUUGGGACGAGCUGAGGCUUAUUUGCUUGCCAGCACUGACCAACAAUAUUUGGUUCCCAAGGAUGGUAAGCCUUUGGCGGGUUUGAUUCAGGAUCACAUGGUCUCCGGUACCAGCAUGACCAUCCGUGGCCGAUUCUUCACCCGGGAACAGUACAUGGAACUUGUCUACCGGGGUCUCACAGAUAAACGAGGGCGUGUGAAAAUCCUUCAACCAGCGGUGAUCAAACCUUGCCCACUCUGGACUGGAAAGCAGGUUGUUUCUACGUUGCUGAUCAAUGUAAUCCCCAAGGAUCAUGCACCACUGAACUUGAUCGGAAAAUCUAAAAUCGGUGGGAAGGCUUGGGUAAAGGAAGCUCGGCGCAUGGUGAUCGACUUUGACUCAGAAUGGAUGUCAGAAUCCAAGGUUGUUAUUUUGAGAGGAGAGCUGCUGUGUGGUGUUUUGGACAAAGCUCACUAUGGCAGUUCACCCUACGGUUUGGUCCACUGCUGUCAGGAGCUGUAUGGUGGAGAGACUAGUGGAAAGCUAUUGACCUGUUUGGCACGGCUCUUCACUGCUUACCUGCAGCUAUACCGGGGAUUUACUUUAGAUGUUGAGGACAUUCUAGUGAAGCCCAAGGCAAACGCAAAACGACAAAAAAUCAUUGCACAAUUGGCACAGUGUGGAGCUAAGGCCAUCCGAAAUGCUUUUAAUUUACCAGAGUCUGCCUCAUGUGAAGAAGCUCAGGAUAAGUGGCAAAAUGCCCACCUCAGUAAAGAUCCCAGGGACAUGAAUGUAGUGGACCUGAAAUUUAAGGAAGAAGUGAAUCAGUACAACAACCAGAUCAACAAGGUCUGUAUGCCCCUGGGUCUUCAUAGACAGUUUCCAGAAAAUAACCUGCAGCUGAUGGUGCAGUCUGGUGCAAAGGGCUCAGCUGUUAAUACUAUGCAGAUCUCGUGUCUUCUUGGACAGAUUGAGCUGGAAGGUCGGCGGCCGCCAUUAAUGCCUUCUGGGAAAUCAUUGCCCUGUUUCCAACCUUACGACUUCACUCCACGUUCCGGUGGUUUUGUCACUGGCCGCUUUCUCACUGGUAUCAGCCCUCCGGAGUUUUUCUUUCACUGUAUGGCUGGCAGGGAAGGUCUGGUAGAUACAGCCGUGAAAACUAGCCGAUCUGGGUACCUUCAAAGAUGCAUAAUAAAGCAUUUGGAAGGGCUGGUUGUACAAUAUGACCUGACAGUACGGGACAGUGAUGGCAGUAUUGUACAGUUCCUGUAUGGGGAGGAUGGUCUGGAUAUUCCAAAGACUCAGUUCCUGCAGCCAGAACAGUUCCCUUUUAUUACAAACAACUAUGAGGUGAUCAAAAAGUCAAAGCACUUGGAAGAGGUAUUAAGUAAAAUGGAUUGUGAGGCUGCAGCCAAGUGUCAUAAAGCAAUAAAGAAAUGGAAGACAAGGCACCCAGCUCCCCACCCUCGUCUCGGUGCAUUCCUGCUGUUUUCCCAGAAAGAGCUGGGUAAAAUCAAGGAGGCGGAUCCUGAAGGGGAGAUGGUGAAUACUAGAGACCCUGUAACUCAGCGGUUACAGGAACUAUGGGAAUCAUUGAAUGCGAAGAGCAAAAAUAAAUAUAUGAAGAAGGCUGCUCGCUGUCCUGACCCCUGCAUUGCUGUUUAUCGACCAGAUAUCUAUUUCGGCUCAGUUUCGGAAGACUUCAGUGAUGUUGUCGAUAAAUAUCUAAAUGAACAGGAGGGUAAUGAUUCCAGCAAGUACAUUAAGUCAGAUCUGUCGCCAGAAUGCUUGAAGGACCUUCUGAGUCUGAAGUGGCAGAGAUCGCUGUGUGAACCAGGAGAGGCUGUCGGGCUCCUGGCUGCACAAAGUAUAGGAGAGCCAUCAACACAGAUGACACUGAACACUUUCCAUUUUGCUGGCAGAGGAGAAAUGAAUGUCACUCUCGGGAUUCCCAGGUUGCGUGAAAUUCUAAUGGUGGCAAGUGCUAACAUUAAAACUCCAAUGAUGACUAUUCCUGUGCUGAACACGAAGAAAGCAUUGAAGAAAGUCAAGAAGCUGAAGAAACAACUCACAAGAGUGUGUUUGGCAGAGGUUUUACACAAGAUUGAGGUGAAAGAUUCCUUUCGGGUUCAAAGCAAGUUGGAGAAGUUUAGGAUGUAUCGAAUAAAAUUUUACUUCCUGGAUUACAAACUAUAUCGAAAUGAGAAGUGUUUGACUCCAGAUGAUUUAUUGCACUACAUGGAGACCAGGUUUUUCCGGCUACUGCUUGAGAAUAUUAAAAAGAUGAGUGCUAAACUGGGUUCAUUUAAAGUUGUGAAUUCACGGAAAGCUACACAGAAGGAUCUGAAUGAAGACUCUGGAGAAGGUGAUGGGAAGCAGACACAGGAUGACAAUGAGUUGGCUGGUGAAGAGGAAGUCCCAAUUGUUGACGCGCAAGCAGAUGAAGGAGAUGCCGAUGCUACAGAUGCCAAAAGGCGUGAAAAACAGGAAGAAGAGGUAGAUUAUGAUAGUGAGGGAGAGGAGGCCAGGGACGAUGCAGAAGAACUGGAGGAGAAGGAAGAUGAAGUUCUCUCAAAAGACGAACAACAGGAACUCACCAACCAAGACUCUUCUGAAUAUUCUGAUUUUAUGAAGAAUAGUGGAGGGGACACCACAGUGGACAUUGCUGAUGCAAGAGUAAAUGCGGUGUUAGAUUUACAUCCUGCUAUUGAAGGUUAUAAAUAUGAUGCAAAUGACAGUCUGUGGUGUGAGGUUAAACUGAAGCUGCCUAUUAUGAAGGUGCACUUUGACCUCUCCUCAUUGAUCAUGUCUGUGGCUCAAAAGGCAGUUGUUUACGAGACCAGAGGAAUCACUCGUUGUCUUCUGAAUGAAACGACCAACAGGACAGGAGAGAAGGAAACAGUUUUGAACACAGAGGGAAUAAACCUUACCGAGAUGUUCAAGUAUGACAAUAUCUUGGAUCUGAGCCGCUUGUAUUCAAAUGAUAUCCACGCUAUGGCCAGUACUUAUGGUAUCGAGGCUGCUCUCAGAGUCAUAGAAAAAGAAAUCAAAGAUGUCUUUGCUGUUUACGGUAUCCAAGUGGACCCUCGACACCUUUCCCUUGUGGCGGACUACAUGUGUUUUGACGGAUCAUACAAGCCAUUUAACCGCAUUGGCAUUCAGUCAAGCUCCUCGCCCCUUCAGCAGAUGACUUUUGAAACCAGCUACAAGUUCUUGAAACAAGCAACUAUGCUAGGCUCUCAUGAUGAACUGAAGUCUCCAUCAGCCUGCCUGGUGGUAGGGAAAGUGGUCCGUGGUGGGACGGGGCUUUUCGAUUUGAAGCAGCCUCUUAAGUGAUCCCUCAUCCGAUGAGAGACUUUCUUCUUGGAAGUGGAAACAAGAUACGUGCUCUGAAUAUGUUUAUGGUCAGACACAGCGUCAAAGGAGACAGAUGCUCAAAAGCUGUUGUUUGCUGCUUUAAGCAAUUUGCUAAUGAUAGAGGGAAGAGAGAAGAUAACCACUAGCUCCACAGGCAGGAAGUGUGAAUGGAGUGCAACAAAGGAGGACUGUCAGUGAUCAAAGGUGGUAAUGGAAAAACGGAGGAGUUUGAAAGGAGAGUCAGCUGCUUUGUUUCAUUGCUGCGUGGGGAAGUGGUAACUCUUCUGCCUGGGGCAGCCACUUGAAUGAAGUUCUACAUAGCAUCAAGAAAGGCAAUAAAAAUGGAUUGAAAUUAUUUCUGCAGUGGAAGUGUUAUUGCGGAGCUGUCUGCAUGUCUGUACCGCAGGAUAUGCACUAAUUUAGUAGCCACUGUUGAACCCGUUGGAGAAAUUGAACACAUGGAGCAGCAUGGUGGUGUAGUGGUUAUUGUAAUGCUAUGAGAGCGCCAGCGACCUAGGCUCGAUCCCGCCACUCUGCAGGGAGCUUGCAUGUUCUCCCUGUGACCACGUGUUUCCUCCAGGUGCUCCCGUUUCCUCUCACUUUCCAAAGACGUAUGGGUUAGUAGAUUAACUGGUCAUGUGGGUGUAAUUGGGUGACGUGGGCUCAUUGUGCCAUAAGUGCCUCUUACCAUACUGUAUCUCUGAAUUUAAAAAAAAUGUUUUUCUUUUACCACGAUUUUGACAGCACUGUACUCGAGUCAUUGCCUCCGGCUAAAUACUAUCCACUGAGUAUCACCAUUGCAUUUCUGGGUCUAUAUAACAGCACCCAAGUCUUAACAUAAGUAUGCAUGAUAAUCCAUAUAAUGUGAUUGUGAAAAUGAACACGUUGUUUGUGCUAGAUGGUGAAAACUAUUUCAUUAUCAGACCAGGCUGAAACUUGGGUACGAACUCCAAUCGUGUAAGAUCAAAUUUCCACCAGAGAAAUGUUAAAACGUCUGUGUGAAAUUGACAUUUUAGUUUCUUACAUAGAAAAUAGGAAAAUAUCCAAGUUGGAAUAGGACUAUGCACUCACUGGCGGCUUCAUUCGGCACAGGAGUGGACCACUGUGGUCUUCUGCUGCUGUAGCCCAUCCACUUUGAGGUUCAACGUGAUCUGUGUUCAGAGGUGCUCUUCUGAACACCACUGCUGUAGUACCAUGUGGUUAUUUGAGUUAUUGUCACUUGUCAGGUUGAACCAGUCUGGCAAUCCUCCUCUGACCUCUCUUAUUAACAAGGCAUUUUCACCCACAGAACCUCCACUCACUACAUUUUUGUUUGUUUGCUUUUCACACCAUUUUCUACAUGCUCUACAGGUUGUUGGGCAUGAAUAUUCCAGAAAAUCAGCAGUUUCAGAGAUAGUCAAAGCACCCCAUCUGUCAGCAACAAUCAUUCCAUGGUCAAAGUCACUUAGAUAACAUUUCUUCACCGUUCUGAUGUUUGGGCUGAACAACAGCUGAACCUCUUGACCGUGUCUGCAUGCUUUUAUGCAUUGAGUUGCUACUACCUGACUGGCUGAUUAGAUAUUUGCAUUAAUGAGCAGAUGUACCUAAUAAAGUGGCCACUGAGUGUAAAUGAGUUGGAGUCUGUUGAAUAGUUAGUAUAGUCCAAGUGUUUUUUGUGUUCCUUUUUGGAGAUAAGAAUGAGCUAUUUAGCUUCUCUGGUGGCACGUGGCCAAGUGGUUAGGGCGUUGGACUAGCGAUCUGAAUGUCGUGGGUUUGCGCCUCGUCCGAGGCAGCAUGUGUGUCCUUGAGCAAGGCACUUAACCACACAAUGCUCCAGUUUACCCAGCUGAGAAUGGCUACCAGCAGAAAUGCUGGGGGUUAACCUCGUGAUGGCCUGGCAUCCUAUCCGGGGAGGGGGGGGGACCUCUCUCGUAUUCUCAAGCCUGAUUUAUACUUCUGUGUCAAAUGUACGCCGUAGGGUGACGUGCUCCUCCCCAAAAAAAGUAACUCACGUGUCGUGGCGAUGCAGACCACAACAACUGUGAUUGGUCAGCUUGGUAGCAUCGUAUUUCCUCGUACGCAUUUCCGGUUGCUUUUCUCCUCCAUGUCUGUACACUGAUGCGAAAUAAAUGGUUGGAGACGAUGAACCAAAUUGUCAAAUCUUCCUGCCGACAUCCGAACAUAUUUGAAAUGCAUUUCCUCGUUCAUGUCUCUCAUGAAGAAACUCAACACAGUGAUAUUUACCUUCAUUUUGUCAAAGUUGAUGAUCUUGUCAUUAGAACUGAAAAAUAAGCUGUUUCCUCUCCGUAGAUGCUGCCUAACCUGCUGAUUAUUUCCAAUAAAUUUUUUAAAUUUCUGUAAAUGGAAUUGCUCAUAGUCUUGGAAGUUGCAAUUGUCUUGGCAUCUGCAGCCUCCAGGGAGAAGUUUCAGUUUAAAAUUGCCUAAUCUAAUCUGCAGAUUGUGCCAGGUUUGAGAUUUCAACUUCCCCAAUCCUGAACCGGAUGAUGGGCCUUCUGUCUACUCCAUCAACAAACACCUUCUGUAACCUUGGAUAUCUCUUUUUCACAACCUAACCUUGUAAAAUCUAAGAAUUACAAGACCAGUCAACGUGACUUGCCCUUAAUUUACCUCUUAACAUAUGCUAAAUGGCCAUGGCACUUUUCCAAACCAGUGUAGUUCAUAGGUUGAUGUCUAAAAUGAUGUGGUUCUCUAUGGGAUGUCCCACUUAAACUCUAUGCACCUAAAACAUGACCUUCUGUCUUGGUAUUUCUUGAGAAUAAGGCAAGCACCUCCAUUUUUUUCUAGUUUACCUUUUCUACCUGUAUCUUGUUAUCUUAAUCAAAUAGUUCCUUUUGGGGACACAGAUGUCUGCAGAUACCAAAAUUUGAAGCAAUACACAUUGUCUGAGAAAGUCAGUGGCUCGGGCAGCAUCAUAGACCUGCUGAGUUCCUCUGACAUUUCAUGUGUUG